CCCCGACUGAACGCAAAACACUCUUCACUUCUCUCUCUCUCUUUUUUAUAGUUUCAUCUGCGUUUGUUUUGUCAUUUUUUGGGAUUUGUCUGAGUUUCUUUCUCAUUUCCCUCAACAACUCCUCAGCCGCGGGCGGAGCUGCCACCGGGGUUCAUUAAUGAGCCCUCCGCUGUUUCCCCAUGUGGAGGAAUGUUUGCGAGUGGGAGAGCAGAAAGAGGUGGGGGCGGGGGGCUGGUGAGAGAGACACAGCAGAGGAGGAGUGGAGUGUGAGAUUAUCCGCCGUACCUGCUGCUUCUGCCGCCGCCGCUGCUCCGAUAUUAACAGCUUCUUUCCGGGAUCUGAUGCUGCCCGGAGCGCGGAGGCAGCGCCGCUGGAGGCAACCCUGCUUCUGAGCCUCAGGUGGACAGAUGGAGACGGAGGAGGAGGUCAGCGAGCCCGGCGAGCCCCAGACAGGCGCGCCGCACUCCGAGGUGAACGGGGACCUGCCGGGGAACCCGUACCUGAGGGACGGGGCGCUGGACGGGGCGGGGAGUCCGGCCAGGGAGCCGGCGGCGCCGCAGUGUCCCCCAGAGUUCAGCCCCAGCCACCAGUGUGGAGAAAAGAUGCCGUUCCACCAUGUGACGGCAGGUCUGCUCUACAAGGGGAACUACUUGAGCCGCUCGCUGUCCGACAGCGACAGCGACGUUCUGGCCAGCAUCUCUGAGGAGGAGCUCCACGAGAUCCGGGAAGCGUUUAAGGUGCUGGAUCGUGAUGGGAACGGGUUCAUUUCCAAGCAGGAGCUGGGAAUGGCCAUGCGGUCUCUGGGGUACAUGCCCAGUGAGGUGGAGCUGGCCAUCAUCAUGCAGAGACUCGACAUGGACGGUGACGGACAGGUUGAUUUUGAGGAGUUCAUGACGAUUCUCGGCCCCAAGCUGCUGUCGUCUGAAACGAGAGAAGGCUUUCUGGGCAGCACGAUAGACACCAUCUUCUGGCAGUUUGACAUGCAGCAGAUCACCCUGGAGGAGCUGAAACACAUCCUCUUCUACGCUUUCCGCGAUCACCUGACCAUGAAGGACAUUGAGAACAUCAUCAUCAACGAGGAAGAAAGCCUGAAGGAAAACUCCGGGAACUGUCAGACGGAGUUUGAGGGAGUCCACCCGUCGAAGAAGAACCGUCAGACGUGCGUGAGGAAGAGUCUCAUCUGCGCUUUCGCCAUGGCCUUCAUCAUCAGCGUCAUGCUCAUCGCAGCCAAUCAGAUGCUGAGAAACGGCAUGGAGUAGCCGGGUGGAGCCAGACUGCAUGUGCAUGCCUGGUGGGCGAACCCGUGCCGCUGUAGACAGAACUACCAGGCGCAGCGAUCCAAACCGUCAACCAGGAAAAAAAACACACUUUGUUUUUCAUUUCAACGGCUCCAGUUGGCCCAAACAAACCCGCCAUGAAGCCAGCAUGAGGAGGCACCCGGGACUCCUCCCCCUUUACUCCGACCGGCACUUUAAGGGCUGACAUCACAUCCACUGUCGUCUCUGUUUCCCUGAUGCAAUAAUUCAAACAGAACAUUUAGAAACGAGUGCAGGAGUUGAGAUCCGCUCCAGACGGGAGGCGGGCCCGGCGCCCAGCAGGAGGCUGAUGAAGCACGAAGGGAGCAGCGCCACCGAAGCACACCAACAUGGCCGCCUGGUUCCUGCUGGGCCGCCAUACUUCAGCUCUCUGAUUAACUGCUGACUCUGUGGGCCGGCGUUAGGAAACGGUGAGAGAUGUUUCUGAAUGAGAGGGGAUCAUUUCCCCCUGCUGGAUGCCGGUCCGCUGAAAACUGACCAGAACCCGACCGCUAACGCUUCAGAGAACUGAAACCAUCCCUUCACCUGAAUUAGAUGCAAAAUGUUUGUAUCUAAACACGUAAAUCAUCGAUUCAACCGAGACAAAUCCAUUUUGUUUCGACUUGUUUUCUUCAGAAUCAGUAGCAAAUAAACAGAAUCAGAGAUUUGAAUUGUUAUAAAGCUGGAUUUAGUUACAUCUUAACACAACUAAUUAAUCUGGAGGUCUUUGAUUUCAUCCUUCAUCUAAUUUAAAAAUGUCACUCUUCUUAAAUUAGUUAUUUAUUUCACCUUUCUAUUUAUAGUCUGUUUUGGCUUUUGAGUUUUCAUCCUUUUUUCACUUCAAAAACACAAAAUCUUACCAAAGUAUUUUUGAUUUAGUUUCUACUACAAACAUCUUAGUUCACUUAAAAUAAGACAAACUAACUUACAAGCAGCUUUUUAGUCAGAAAUGAAGGUUUAUUUUAAGCAAGUAAUUCCUCAAUAUUGAUGAAAAUUUACUAGUUUCAUUGGCUCAAGUUUUUCUAAUCUGUGAUUUCACUUGAACGUCGACUCCUGGGAAAAUUAGCGGUUGUCGUAAAUAUUUUCCACUUGUGAAUAAUUUUUCUCUAUAUAGAGUUAUGACUUUAAUUUUUUCUUGUUCACUCCAGAGCAGCAAAACGUCUCCUUUCCUCUGCUUUUGGUGUAAAGCUUGUGAAACAACAGGGGUUUUUCUCAUAACUGUUUAGAUUCAAUUCAAACUGUUUUUACCUGCAGAUACUUCAUAUCGGACUAUUCAAUCUGUAUUUUCUGUUUUUGCAGCAUAAAAAUAUUUCAAAGAUGUUUUAGGGGCGUCGUAGAAAAAAAGAGGGAGGAAUUUCCACACAAAAAAAACUUUUGAGAAUUUUUUUUUUUUCUGAGUUUGAAAAGUUAAAAAUCUUCUAGAAAAAAAACUUUGAAAUUUUUUAUUUUAAUCUCAGAAAAUUUAUAGAGAAAACAUGAAAAUUUCCAAGUUUUAAAAGUCAAACGUUUUCUAGAAAAAUUACAGAAAUUUUGAGAUUAGUCUGAGAAAUUCUCUGGACAGAACUUAGAAAUUUCAGAGUUUGAAAAGUCAAAAAUGUGCUUGAAAAAAAGUUGAAAUCAGGCCCAGAAAUUAUCUAGAAAAAUAUAAAGUUUCUGAGUUUCAAAAGUUGAACGUUAGACUUUUCAAGUGUCAAAUUUUUGAAACUUUUUUAUUUAUCUGUAUAAUUUUUCUAGUUUCUCUAGGAAAUGUUUGACUUUUCAAACUCAGAGAAUUAAUUUCUGAUUUUUUUCAAGCAAAUUUCCAACUUGUCAAACUAAAAAAAAAAAAAUUUGUGAUUUCUAGAAGAUUUCUGAUAAAAAAUAUCAUUUUUUUCUUCCAAAAUGUUGACUUUUCAAACUCAUGAACUUUCAAGUUUUCUUCUGCAAACAUUUCUGACACUAAUAUAAAGAUUAGAUUAGUGCCUAAACUGAUUUUUUUCCUACCGUUUUUUCCUAGAAAAUUUCUGAUUUGUCAACCUAAGAAAAUUCUUUGUUUUCUAGAAUAAUUCUGAGAAUAAUCUAAAAAUAUAUGAGUUUAUUCUUGCAAAGUUUCAACAUUUCAAACUCAGAAAUCUAGUUUUUCCUGAACAUUCUUUGAGUUUUUUGCCCUUUCUUCUACCUAAAAUGGUAAAACACGUGUGAACUCGCCGUAGCUUCCGGUGACUCGCUGGUCACUGAUUCGGGUCUGAACUCCUGCAUUGCUUCUCAUUUACACUCUUAAAGGGCCAGCAGCCCCUCACUAACUGCAUGUGAUCGAGUCUGUGUCUUGUGUAAAUAUUGCAACCUCUGUGUGUCCCGUGUGUGUUUCGAUGUUUCUGUCUGUGCGUGUGUGUGUGUGUGUGUGUGUGCGUGUGUGUGAGACUGUCGGUGUUCUCUGCUCUCCGGGGGUUCAGAGUCCUGAAACAUCCGGGUCACUGACGUCCUUCCGGUUCCCUCUGAACCCUCCAUCCAAAGCCAUAAACUCUGCGGAGAUGAACCGGACAUCUAAAUGUCGUCUGUUCCUGUUUUCACAUGGAAACACGAGAUGUAACAGGCCUUUUUAGACAGAAAUUUGAUCUAAUUUGUUUAUUUUUUCACUUGUUAUCCACUCCGAUGGAAGGAGAAGUUGGUUUGUCAGUUUGUGUUAUAGUGCCAUCUAGCGGCGACGUCUCUCCACAGUGACUUCUGUAUUUUUCACGUUUCAAGCAGAUCUGUCUGGAAAACUGAUGCUAGAUGUUAAAAUGUCUUGUAAAAUGUACAGGCUGACCGCAUCUCUACCAGCAGCGCUGGAAGAGAAGCUCUUAUUUAAACUUGAUAUUUAUUGGGAUACAUUUCUUGCCUGUGGCAGAAAAAUAGAUUUUGAACCUGUAAAAGGUUUAAUUUAUCUACUUUUGGGACUCAUUGAGCUCCAAUGUAGUCUCAAAAACCUCCCAACGUGUUUUAUAAAUAUUUUAUUUGGUUUUUAUUUCAUUUGGUUUGAAGAAUUAAAUCUGCAGAAUGGUUGCAUGUCUCCAUCACUGAGUUACUCUGCAGCAGCAUGAUGGAUAAUUCCCUUCUUAAUUCUCACAUGUAAUUUUGUAAAUAUUUACCUGGACAGAAUAUCUCGACAAGCACAUACUGUACUUAAUGCACGUGCAAUAUUUACCUAGGCUAGACUUUCAGUCGUACUAUUUAUCAGGGGCAUAAUAAUUAUAAUCUAGUAAAUAUGGAAAUCUGGAUAAACGCAAAACAAAUAAUUGUUGCAAUAAAAACUUUUUUUUAAAGUGUGGUUUUUUUCGUCUUAUUGUUAUAGCAGGUUUUUAAUACAGACAUUGUGAAACCUGAUUCAUUGUUUAGUUAUAAAACUAUAAAGAAAUGAAAGUUUUGAAGGAUGACUUCUUGGAAAAAUAUUUUACAUUUUAAAAAAAUUUAAUUGUAAUCACAGUAAUUUCUCAGGGUUUUCCUGUAGCAUUUUGACUC